GAGAGAGAGAGAGAGAGAGAGAAGAUCAUCCAACUGAACUUACCUGGAUCAAUUUCUUCCCUCUAUUAUCAGGAAUAAGUUUUGUAACUGAGGCUGGCCUUGAACUCCUGAUGUCCCUGCCUUCACCUCCACAGUCGUGGGAUCAUAAGCAUGUGCCACCAUACCUGACUAAUUUCCUGCUUUUAAUUCCUAAUCACUCCACUGAGUAUCCAAGGAAUUGGUUAUCAGUGUCAGCUUUGAACGACUAAAGUUGCCGCUGGAUGUUUAGAAUGGACUUGCAGCUCUCUCUUGCCCUCCACUCAGUAGCGUUCCCUUAGAGGUGAUAUGUGUUUGCUACUUUGCAGCCAUUCUGCACUCCAAUGGAGAUGAGAUGAGAGGAACGUGCUCUCAAACGGCCAGUCCAGGGAAAGGAAAAUGAUCUCAUUUAUCACUGGGAAGACGUUACUGUAGUGUAACUCAUUCAGGGUAUCACCCUUUUUUGAAAAAGAGGGUCGCAGACAAAGUUAAAUAAUGGCAGAGACAAGUCUGUUAGAGUCUGGAGCCUCGGCAGCCUCCACAGCUGCUGCUCUGGAGAACCUGCAGGUGGAGGCAAGCUGUUCCGUGUGCCUGGAGUAUCUGAAGGAGCCGGUCAUCAUCGAAUGCGGGCACAACUUCUGCAAAGCGUGCAUUACCCGCUGGUGGGAGGACCUAGAGCGGGACUUUCCUUGCCCUGUCUGUCGGAAGACAUCCCGAUACCGGAGUCUCCGGCCUAAUCGACAACUAGGCAGUAUGGUAGAAAUUGCCAAGCAGCUACAGACGGUCAAGCGGAAGAUCAGAGACGAGAGCCUCUGCUCCCAGCACCAUGAAGCCCUCAGCCUCUUCUGCUAUGAAGACCAGGAGGCUGUCUGUUUGAUAUGUGCAAUUUCCCAUACCCACCGCGCCCACACCGUCGUGCCACUGGACGAUGCUACACAGGAGUACAAGGAGAAACUGCAGAAGUGCCUGGAGCCCCUGGAACAGAAGCUACAGGAGAUCACCUGCUGCAAAGCCUCUGAAGAAAAGAAACCAGGGGAGCUCAAGAGACUCGUGGAGCGCCGCCGACAGCAAAUCUUAAAGGAGUUUGAAGAGCUCCACAGGCGACUGGAUGAAGAGCAGCAGACGCUCCUCUCACGACUGGAAGAAGAAGAGCAGGACAUUCUACAGAGACUUCGAGAAAAUGCUGCUCACCUUGGGGACAAGCGCCGCGACCUUGCCCACUUAGCUGCUGAGGUGGAGGGCAAGUGCUUACAGUCAGGCUUCGAGAUGCUUAAGGAUGUGAAAAGUACCCUGGAAAAAUGUGAGAAGGUGAAGACCAUGGAGGUGACUUCAGUUUCUAUAGAGCUGGAAAAGAACUUCAGCAAUUUCCCCCGCCAGUACUUUGCCCUAAGGAAAAUUCUUAAGCAUCUAAUUGCGGAUGUGACUCUGGACCCCGAGACAGCUCAUCCUAACCUCGUCCUGUCAGAGGAUCGGAAAAGUGUCAAGUUUGUGGAGACAAGACUCCGAGACCUCCCUGACACACCACAGCGUUUCACUUUCUACCCCUGUGUCUUGGCUACUGAAGGCUUCACCUCAGGUCGACACUACUGGGAGGUGGAGGUGGGCGACAAGACCCACUGGGCAGUGGGCGUGUGCCGGGACUCUGUGAGCAGAAAGGGCGAGCUGACGCCACUCCCUGAGACUGGCUACUGGCGUGUGCGGCUGUGGAACGGGGACAAGUAUGCAGCCACCACCACACCUUUCACCCCUUUGCACAUCAAGGUGAAGCCAAAGCGUGUGGGCAUAUUCCUAGACUAUGAGGCUGGCACGCUGUCUUUUUACAACGUCACAGACCGCUCACACAUCUACACCUUCACUGACACUUUUACUGAAAAACUUUGGCCCCUCUUCUACCCAGGGAUCCGGGCUGGUCGGAAGAAUGCUGCACCACUUACCAUCAGGCCCCCAACAGAUUGGGAGUGACAGGAGAUGCAGCUUCAUUGGGGUGAGGCAGGGUCAGGAGCGAUGGGCCUUCUUAACUGGCCUGCUGGAAUGUCUUGGUGUCUGUGUGGUUCCAGUCCUGAGCCAUCUUGAGACACCACCUGGUCUCGUUUGUGUGAAGGAGUAAAGAUAGGACUGGGCUGCACGACAGAGCACAGACAGUGCCCUCCUCACUGUGGGGGAGAGUUGGGUGCCCAGGGGCUUGGAAUCUCUGGUGCCCAGCAGGUUUCCUAUUGCACAAGGACAGGUCAGGGGAGAAAAGGCCUUUCUAGAAACAAAGCGUCUGUGUUGACAGGGUCUUAACUUGCUUAAAAUGCAGGAAGCAGAAACCUUUAAAAGGCUUCUGUGACUCAGAAUAGCCCUGUUCCUUGUGGUAGUGCAUAGGGAUCUGUAUACUUCUGUGUUGGAAAGAUGAGCAGCAGCUGCUGUCAGGAGGCUAGAAGUUGAGGGACUUUUCUGAGGGCCGUGACUGGGCCGUAAAGUUAGGAGGAUCAGGGAAGAGGCUAAUGGAACAUUUCUAGAAAUGAAUGAAGAGAAGGGGGACUUCUUUGGUCUUCUGUUGUUAAGGUAAUGCUACCACUACCCAUACAAUUAGCCACAGGUUCAAACUUGGGGAGAAGGAAAGAGUGGAAAGAAAGGAGAACUAGGUCUUAAAGCUGGUUGUCUCCCAGAAGUAGGCUCCCCUUAGAGGUGAGACAGAAGAAAACCUGCAAGAUACAAACCUGCCCUUCCACUGCUUUCCUAAGGCCCUUCAGGAAGAGUCAGGUAUUAGAGGAAAGGGAAAGGUACCCACAGCCCUGGCCUUAACGAAUGUUCCUAAGUAGUUCUUCCCAGGCUGCCCACAUGUCCCCUGGCGCAGAUGUUCAAGCCAGAAAGGAAGAAAGUAACAGAGUCUUUCUCACCCCAUGAGCACAGGGUAGAAGAGGGUGGUUUGUGUAGCAAAGGGCCAGAUAGACAGCUUAGCUUCUAUUAGCAUUCAUCACCCUUUGACAUUCCCCUUUUCAGAGAAUGUAAACCAUUUUAACAUUAGGCCAGAGUAACCUAUAGGGUACAUAUGUUGUCACAAAAGGUAACACGAUGCAUGCCAAACCAAACAGCUUGGAUUAUCUGCCUGGGUAAUCUUCACGGAAGACUGGGAUGAGGUGCUGCACUGAGGGCGUCUCAGCCCCUCCUACCACCUCAGCAGGAUUUUGUCCACUCUCCUCUUACCUUUGUGCCUUGACUGUGGGUCUUUGUGGCAAGAUAAUUUGGCUGGUCAAAAUAUGGAACAAAGGAUCCACUGAUGUGA